AGACUUCGGGUUGGGAAGUUGUUGUUUCUUUGUAUUGGAGUGCCACGGUAUCUGCAUUCACUUUAUUUUUUUUGUCUCUUUUUCCUCUUUCCUUAUAUUCCCAUAUUCACUCAUUUGAUCGGGUUCAUAUCCCACUUACCCCACAUUACUAUGAGCAAAAAGUUCAAGUCUCAGGCAUCAAGCAGCCGCGCUGCUGCUAGCACCUUUGGUUCGUUUGGUGGAUUCUCCAGCGCUUUUUCUGGUCAUGGAAGGGAACCAUCCUCUCUCACUUACGUGGCGGAGCCACCAGACCUUUCACGGAUAUUUGAAGCGCAAUUGACAAUUGCCUUCAAGAACUUUUUGAAAAAAGAUGAAGUCACGAGGUCAAAAGGACUGGAUGAUUUGAGGGAUUACGUCUCUACUGUAGAAAUUCGCAGUGGAACCCUCGAUGAUGGUUUUUUGGAAGCCUGGAUUAAAAUAUACCCCAGAGCAUCAAUUGAUAUCUCUCGUAGAGUGAGGCAAACCGCUCACUCCUUACAAGGAUCUAUCGCGUCCUUAGUGGGCAAGCGGAUUGCCCGUUUCUUACCGAAAGUAAUCGGGCCAUGGCUUGCAGGACUCUAUGACAACGACCGAAUGGUUCAUCGGUCCGCGUUAGAGUCAUUUACGCGGGUCUUCUCAACUGAGGGGAAGAGAAAUAACGUGUGGAAGAUCUAUCAGAGCUCAAUCCUUGGUUUUGUAGAUGAUGUUAUCCUUCAACAAACCCCUCUUACUCUGAGUGAUGAAAGAACUGUCAAGUCUGAUGAUGCCGAAGCGAAGUACGCUCGCGUCGUAGGAACCGCAGUUUUAUUAUUUAAUCGAAUUAUAGGAAAUUCGACGCACGAAGACCUCGAGAAGGAUGUAGCUACGAUAGAAAACCUUCUGGGAAGUAAAUCGUUAUGGUCCUUAUGCUAUCAUGAUGAUCCUUUUGUUCGCAGAUCAAUCUAUGUCCUCCUUCGAUCUGCUCUCUCUAAAGAGCCAGAGCAGCUUGACUGGAAGCUCAUCAGUGCCGCUAUCAUUGGAAAGUCUUUACACAUAUCUCAGCUAGGAUCUUCUUCGGAUCUAUCAGAGUUGCUAUUACAGGUGACAUCCGCAAGGCCACAAUUAUGGACGGACGACUAUACGGGAAAGUCGUCUUCCUCUAAAAGACUGAUUCAGUAUAUCCAGAAAGGCUCGGAGGGUGGUCCUGCCGCCUUCUGGCUAAAUCUAUACGACUUGUUGCAGAUUAUUCCAUCUCAGACCCUGGUAAAAGUUGAUGCGAAAUCCACAAAUGAAGGCAGUAUUGGAUUAUCGAUUGCCACAACAUUGACUCAAUCUUUCCAAGAGGGGCUGAACUCUAGGGAUGAGCCUCGUCAGAAUCGAGCUGUUGGUUGGAAAGCUUAUAUUGACACUGGAAUGUGGCUCACAAAUAAGCUUCCUCAAGAUGAGCAAGAAAAAUUUUUACACGAACGGCUAUCUCCUGUACUAGUGCAGUAUGUUAAACCUGAGCAAGACCGCUCUCAGUGGGAACUUCCUCCGCAGUCCGCCGAAGCUCUCUGUGUCGACUAUCUUGAUGUGCUAGUCACUCAUAGCCAGGAAGGCGAAUUAUAUAAGUUGUGGACCGAGUUGUCAGAUAGCCUAUUAGAAGCUGUAAGGCUUUCCUCCCCAGAGCAGUCAAAGGACUUCAGGUCGUCACAGGACGCAGUAUGUGCUGUGGCCGAACGCCUCCUUACUUUGGAGGCUUCAGUGCUUUCACGUCUGGCCGACACGGAUCGCGAAUCCAAACUGCUGAAAACCUUCGAGGACACAAACCUAGGCCUGCUUCGAAAAUGCUUGGAUGUGCUGCGAUCCAGGAAUGGCAAGCCGUAUGGAGCAGCUGCAGUCGUUGAGGCAAUGGUCCAACACGUUGCACAGAUUGCACAACGUUCCCAGGAGCUCUUGAGGUUUGUCCAAGAGGCUGCACCAGAACUUCUGUCUUCACCCUCGGCUGAUCGUUUGAUCUCUAUCAUACUGUCUUGUCGUGCAUGGGAUGGAUUCGGCCCAAGCUUUGAGAAAGUCGUUGAGAGGGUAGCACAGUCUGAACCCGAGUCGUCCAAUGCGCAUGCCGUUCAGAAACUUCUCUCCACUCUCGAUUUCAAGGAAGUGGAUGACAAGAGCGGUCUUGGUUCUUUAAUCGCACGUGCUCUGGACAGCGCUUGUAAGGGUAGUUCUCUACACUGGUCCAUUGUUGUCGCAGUGCUUCAGAACCCAACGUCUCAUGGGGAAUUGACAGAGUCAAUAUUUUUGGCAAUCAUUGACGCAUUAUCUGAUGAUAGCAAAGUUUUCGAUACCUUACAUGGUCUCUCACUAAUUGCAACUUCUGUUCCGACUGCAAUGAAAGGGUUUCAAAGUGGACUUCACGGCUCGAAAUUGACCGGGAAAUUGCUUUUCCUCGCUGAGUCCCCGUCCGAAGAAGUGGCUGGUCUUGCCGAAUCAUUGACCAGAAAGGUCAAGGAAUCAGUUGUCAGUGAAACCAGCGCCAGGUCAAGUUUUGAAAUCCUUCAGCACAACUUCAAUAACGUUAACGAGGAGUCACUCUCGAUUGGUUCUUUACUGAAUCUUGCGGAAGAACUGCUGCAUAAUAUUAAACCUGAUGACCUCAAGCACGUGAUGAAAAACAUCCUCCCUUCACGUCAAAGCUGGCAGAAUGCGCUUGAGCCCUUCCUUGCACUUCCUCCUCGGCUAUCGACCGCUAUCACAAGUCCUCUCGGAGGCACUGUUCAUAUCAUCGAGCGCCAUAUAUCAGACAUAUCUAGAAGGCGCUAUGAAACAGUCCCACGCGACUCUAGCCAUUGUUCGUCUGCAAUGCGACUCGCUUAUUUCACCAUUAGAACUCUGUCGUCAUUUGAUGUUACGAUUCAACUUCGGGCAGAAGAGCUCGAAACUCUGUUCUAUUUCGUACCUUUGGCUGUGCAGCUGAUUGACGAUGAUUUAAGCAUUGAUAAUUGUAAUGGCAUUACUGGGGCAGUGCUACCCGAGCAACGAGAAGAGUAUAUGGAGGUUGUGAAUGAUGGUCGUGGUUUGAUCAAUGGAUGGGCUCAUUCGAAAGAGCCCGCUGCACUCUCAAUCACAUCUUUGUGGGAAAGCAAACUUGAAAGUUUAACCGGUACUUCCACUGUCGACUAUCGAGUCGGCGAAGCUUUUGUAAAGAUUAUCGAAAACCUGGACUCACUAAACUAUAAGUCAUCGGAAGAAGUCACUAAAAUAUGCAAAGAGGUACGAACAGCAAAUGCUAUCCGCUCGGCCGCUUGGGUGGCUGUUUUACGACACUUAAUCCUGUCCAACCCUGCAGGGACACGACUAUGCAAUGAACUUGUUGCAGAGUCCACAGGAUUGAAGCCCCAUGAUGAGCGAAAAGAUGGCCUCCGAAAACUAUCUCUGCUCAACCUUCUUAUAGCAGGAUCCGAAGACGUGAUUGGGUCUAUUCCGACCCAACGUGUCGUGUUCCUGGUCAAGCAUCUUAUACAAUGCCUGCAGUCCGAGAAUAUCCCUCUUAGUGUCAAGGGUGAGGUGUUGCAAACCUUGUCUUUUGCUCUGCCUUGUAUUCAUGAGAUAUAUGGCUCGCACUGGGAGGAUUGUAUGGCCGCCCUCAGCACAACCUGGCGAGAAACCAGUGGCAGCGAUGAAGCUCUACCAGUACUUCUAGCAUCUUUCAGACUUUUUGCUCGCCUGAAGACCAUCAUAGGCAACGAAGACAGCAACGACGACGUGAAAGAUGCUUGGUCAGAUAGACAGGCGGCGUUGUUUAAUGACUUAACAUUAACAGUCGAAAGAUUUGACUCUUCCAUCACUUUCCAUCAACCUCGCGAUGUCACCGUAUAUCUGCUGUGCCGACUGAUCAGCAAUAUACCGAUCGGUAACCUCGAAGACGUGAGCAAGAUAUUCCCCCUUCUGACAGCGCAAAGCCAUGUUGUGCAACGUGCUGCCUAUACUAUUCUUCAUCGGUAUAUCCCAGGUGUUCAAGAGCAGGUCUCUUUUGAUGUGGCAUUGUCAAAGACGGCCGUCAAAUUACCCGAUGAGCUCCUGUCUCUGUUGCUUGAGGCGCCCACUGUUGAAUCGAUAUCCUUAUCGUAUGGUGAUAGCAAGGUCUGGUCGGAUAUACGGUCGUACCUUUUGAGCUGGAAAGUCAUCUUCGACCACUUCACUAAUGCGUCUCUUGCCGUGCAAGAAAACUACGUAACUAGCAUUAAAGAGAAUGACGUUUUGAUUCCGCUGUUGGAAUUCACUUUCGAGUUCCUUCUGAAAUCACACCAAAAGAUGGUGGAUGCGGCUAAGUUCGAUAUUCGCGCUUUCGAAUUAGAUCAGUCGGAGUCUCAGGAGAUGGAAAUCGAGUGGCUUCUUGUCCAUUUGUAUUUCUUGUGCCUGAGGUACCUCGCGAACAUGACCAAGAGCUGGUGGAUUGACACCAAGAAGCGCAUUAAGGGGCCGGUGGAAGCGUGGACUGAGAAAUAUAUUUCACCCCUGAUUGUUGAGGAUGCCCUGCAAGGAGUUGCCGAAUGGACGUCAACGCAAGAUUCGAAUGAAGAGCGCGCAUUGACUGUGAAGAUCUCACCUAAGACUUCUGAAAUCAUUGCUAGUAUCCCGGUUGAUGAGGAAUCACCUCCAGUUGCCUUAUCUAUAUCUCUCCCCCCCGCCUAUCCGUUACAGCCCGCUUUGGUGGUUGGCAGGAGUCGAGUAUUGGUUGACGAGAAAAAGUGGAAGAACUGGCUUCUUACCAUCCAAGGCGUGAUUAUGUUUGCGAAUGGCAAUCUUGUGGACGGACUGUUAGCCUUCCGGAAGAACGUUCAAGGUGCCUUGAAGGGGCAGAGCGAGUGCGCGAUCUGCUACUCCGUCAUCUCUACGGAUAUGCAGACUCCGAACAAGCGAUGCGCCACCUGCAAACACACAUUCCACUCGGUGUGUCUCUACAGAUGGUUCAAGAGCAGUAACCAGAGCACUUGUCCGCUGUGCCGGAACAACUUUGUUUAUGUGUAAUGACAUGAUCGCACAGUGGGGGAACUGGAAAAAAGUCUUUUCUUCAAGCGUUCAUAUUUGAACAAUAUCCCGAUAUUUCUAUAUAGGGUGACUAUGUUACAUACGUUUCAUGAUGCUGCAUUAUGACCAUAUAGAAAUGUACAAUAUACCAUAACUUAUAA